UACCACACCCAUUGGAAUAAAUAGGACUUGUGUUUUGUGUAAGCAACAUUGCAGAGCUGGAGAAAAGCUGUUCUGAUUGCGACAGAAUCGGGCCGCGAACACGCUUUCUUUUGCCAACUCCACUCCAUCCAUGCAAUUUCAUCAUGUGUUUGUUUUUUGUUUAAUUGUUGACUGAGGAGGUUUGUCAACUAACUAAAAUUGCUACUAUUUAUUUUGCUUGAUUCGGUACCGUUGGUUUAGUAAGUGUCACAAUGGUGAUUGCGAUCGGAUUAGAAGGUAGUGCAAACAAGUUGGGGAUUGGUAUUAUCAAGGAUGGCCAAGUUUUAUCAAAUCCGCGAGUAACUUACAUUACACCUCCAGGAGAAGGGUUUCUUCCGAGUGAAACUGCACGUCACCACCAAGCUGAAAUUAUUAAUUUACUAGAAAAGUCGAUAAAGGAAGCUAAGGUGAGACCUGAGGAGAUUGACGUUAUAUGCUAUACAAAAGGCCCGGGGAUGGGAGCGCCCUUAGUCUCCGUAGCAGUAGUGGCUCGAACAAUUGCUCAGUUGUGGAAAAAACCAAUUGUCGGAGUUAAUCACUGCAUAGGACAUAUCGAAAUGGGACGUCAUAUAACAGGUGCUAAGGACCCCACAGUUUUAUACGUCAGUGGAGGCAAUACACAAAUCAUUGCAUAUUCUCAAAAACGGUAUCGGAUUUUUGGGGAGACGAUUGAUAUAGCGGUUGGAAAUUGUUUAGAUCGGUUUGCAAGAAUUUUAAAGCUAUCAAACGACCCUAGCCCUGGCUAUAAUAUUGAGCAGUUGGCCAAGAGGGGAAAAAAAUUACUAGCUCUACCAUAUGUCGUUAAAGGCAUGGACGUUUCAUUUUCCGGAUUAUUGUCAUUCAUUGAGGAGAAGGCAGAAACUUUGAAAAGAGAAUACACUCCUGAAGACUUAUGUUUCAGCCUCCAAGAAGCUGUAUUUGCAAUGCUUGUCGAAACAACGGAUCCUGUUGUGCUAAAUAUUUUUUUAGAACGAGCUAUGGCACAUACUGGGUCGCAGGAAGUUUUAAUCGUUGGGGGAGUUGGCUGCAACGAAAGACUUCAAGAAAUGAUGAACCGAAUGUGCGAAGAGAGGCAGGCAAAACUAUUUGCAACUGACGAACGAUUUUGCAUAGACAACGGCGCCAUGAUUGCUCAAGCUGGAAGUGAAAUGUACAGUGCAGGAAUGGUUACUUCCCCAUGGGAAGAAACAUUUUGUACUCAAAGGUAUCGAACUGACGAAGUUGAAGUGGUUUGGAGAAAUGACUGAAGAAAUAAGCUUGAGUUCUGUAUUGACACAUUUAAUAAGAGUUAUUUUAUAUUUUUGGUCCCCUCAAGUUGUAUUUAUUACAUGUUGAACAUUGUAACUUGAGGGGAGUAUACAAGUUUUCAAUAAAUUACGUGGGCAGUACGUUGUGAGCAAAUGCA